UUACUAGCACUUAUCUUCCGAACAGCAUUCCCUUGUACAGCCCUAAUUGAAGCUCUUCAUUCCUCACGUUCCUCUCUUACGUGAAUUGUGUGUAGGGACACGAUCGAGCUGUGUGUGCGACGGUUGAAGGGAGUGUGUUGUGGUUGAGGAGUAGCGACGGAGUUUAGAAAUGGAUUACAGGGGUAAGUACAUUCUGGCGCCGAUGGUGCGGGUGGGGGGGUUACCGUUCCGCAUGUUGGCGGCGGGGUACGGGGCGGACAUCACCUAUGGGGAGGAGAUAGUGGAUCACAAGAUGUUGUGCUGUGAGCGCGUUGAGAAUGAAGCGCUGGGAACUGUGGAUUUUGUGGAUAAGAAAAGCAAGGACAUUAUAUUUCGCACCUGCGACGCAGAGAAGCAUCGUGUUGUUUUUCAGGUUGGUACAGCGGACGCCGUGCGGUGUUUGAAGGUGGCGAAUAUGGUGGCGGGAGACAUUGCGGCGUUCGAUGUGAAUAUGGGAUGCCCCAAGAGUUUUUCCACUAGCGGUGGUAUGGGCUCGGCGCUCUUGGACAAGCCGGAGUUGAUCCACGAUAUCUUGACAACUUUAAGGCGGAAUCUGAACAUCCCCGUUACGUGUAAGGUAAGGUUGCUUAAGACUUGUGGGGAGACCGUAGAGCUUUCACGCCGGAUUGAGAAGACCGGAGUGUCUGCCCUGGCUGUGCAUGGGAGGAGAGUGGCCGACAGGCCUCGAGAUCCGGCGAAUUGGGAUGGGAUUCGGGAAGUGGUGUCAGCUCUAUCAAUACCGGUGAUUGCCAAUGGAGAUGUUUUUGAUUACUCUGAUUUUCAGCGUAUGAAGGAUGCGACUGGCGCCUCGUCGGUGAUGGUCGCAAGAGGAGCUGUUUGGAAUGCUUCCGUGUUUCGGCCGGAGGGGAUGCUGUAUUGGGAGGACGUGAAAACAGAAUAUGUCAAGAGGUGUAUUGAGUGGGAUAAUAAUGUGCAUUGGACGAAGCACACUUUGAAGGCGAUGAUCAUGCAUUUUUCCAAUGUGGAAUUUUCCGAGGGCAAGGCCCUGACUCGCUGCAAAACCCUGGCAGCCGUUGCAGACGUGUAUGGAUUGCAGAGCUACUACAGAGAGUUAGAUGUCGCCCGGGGUGGCAGUGGGCUCUCGCGGGAGCUUUUGUUUCUUACUUAAGAAUCUCAUACUUUUGAGAUUGAUGGGGUAUUAACACGCUGAUGCAUGGUGCAGUAUUUUCUUCUGGUUUGGCUAAGCAUACCUCGUCUAUCAUACAUCUGAAGCUGUGCAGCUCAAUACAUGCUUACGAGGGCUUUUAUAGCGCCAACUGUUGCUCAUGCCUGGAAAUAAGCCUGCGUGUGGGACAGUAAAAGCUCUCUCUAUCAUCUGAAAAGCUCCAGCUCUGGAUGUCGCAUUCUGUAUGUCGAUGUUACCAUCAACGUUAAUGCUUGUUCAAUGAUAAACUGUCAGGUUGCAGGCGUUGGUGCAGCAUCACAGUUGUACGAAUCAACAUGAAGAGUGAAGUGAGUGGUGAAAAUGAAGGAAGGCUGGCGGUUGAGGAACGGAAGAUCGAGAAUGCAGGGAACGUAUGCCAAUGGUUUAGCGAGGGAUUGGAUCUACAGAAGGAGGAUUAUUGUAAUUGGAGAGGAAGAGCGAUUGAGAAGCUUAUUAUCCUCAGGCUUCUAGGAAUGCAUUACCCAUCAUUCUGGUGAUGUUAUGUUCUUGCAUGAAGGCGACUUAUCUGCCGCAGUUUGACAGUUCAUGCCAAGGGCAUGAACAAAUUGAUGGUGUGCUUUGGAGAAUUUUUCCUUGAAUUUGUGCCAACUGUGAGAGAAAUCUCGAUUGAUGAUGCCUUGAUAUUUGAGAAAGCGCCCGGCGGUGCGCCCGCGAAUGUUGCUUUUGGGAUUGCAAAGCUUUGGAGAAAUGCUGCCUUUGUUGACAAGGUACUAUUGAACUAUCCGACCGAUUACGAUACAAUGGAGUUGCAAACAUGACUGCUAUUUAGUCUAUCAAUGUGCUUGCGAGUAGAUGAACUCUACCAAUCAGAUGCUACCGUCACCAACUUUUCGGUGGUGGAUUUCUGCAGCGCCAACCAGUUAUAUUGGCAGAGCACCAUCAGCUUUUUCUCUUGGGAUCUGGUUUCGGCUGCAAGUUUUGUGCAUUAAUCAGACAUUCUCAAAUUCUGCAUUUGAAACUUUGUUCAACCGUUUGUAAUCAUUUAGAAAGGUCGACAGAGUUCGCAGUUUUCUUAAAUGUUUUGUCUCUCUGACCUGCUCAUGGCAACCCAGAAAUGAUGUCCACAUGUUAACUACGAGCCUUGUAGUCACUAAGAAAAGCCAAUUAGAUCUGUGCUUACUGCUUGAGCGUUCUUAUUCAGGAACAAAUAAAAGACUCACUGAAGAUUAGUUGGUGGCGGCUGGUUGGAAUGAUGAUUUAGGGUACACGUUGGUGAAGUUGAAAAAGAAGAAUGUGGAAACAAAAGCUGCCGCUUUGUGCCAAACGACAGGACUGCGCUUGCGUUUUUAACAUUACGAGACGCUGAAUUCAUGUUUUUGUCUCAGUCCUAGUGCAGACUUGUUCGAAAUGAAGCAGCUUGAGAUUGAUCUAUUUUGAACGGUACGAAUUGUUUUCAUAUUCAAUAGAAUUUUCAUGCUUGGACAAUUGCUUCA